CUCUAGUUUUUACUCCUCUCUCUCAUUUUCUCCCAAUUUCAUCUACACAUCCCUAUCAUAUUUUCUCUCUAAAGGGUCCCAUCCAUUCAAAAUUUGCAGUUUUUGAAUGCUUUUACCUUCUGGGUUUUGCAAUAGGUUCCAGUUUUGGAAGUUCUAACCAGUUUCCCAGGAAAAUUUUUCUUGUUUAAUUAGAUAGUUAAUAGUGUAAUUUAGAUAAUUUUGGUUUCUGGGUUACUGCCCAAAUUUCAAUUUUUAUUUUCUAAUCUUUAAUUUGUGACUAAAUUUUGGAGGGGAUUGGUGGGGGGCAACAAUUCUGAGCAUAAGAAGUUCAAGUUUCAAGGAAAAUGGUUAUAUUGUCCAAUGGGUGCACUCUAUGGAAGUUGUACCUGAUUCUUGGCAAAAAAUCUAGCGUUGAUAAAAGCUUCUAUUUUUGGAUUUUUCAGAUUUUCAAUACGUACAGCCUUGGUACUUAGCAGCAAAAUCUUCAUUUCUCUGCUCUGUUUUUGGUUCGGUUUCCUCUGUUUUUGUUCUGUUUCUUUCACAUUUUAGCCUUAAAGAGAACUAAAACUAGGCAGACUGAGAUCAUGGGAGGGGCUUCACUUCCACCAGGUUUUCGUUUCCAUCCAACUGACGAGGAAUUGGUCGGAUAUUACCUCCAUAGAAAAGUUCAAGGCCUUGAAAUCGAGCUUGAAGUGAUUCCUGUGAUCGAUUUGUACAAAUUCGAUCCCUGGGACUUGCCAGAGAAGUCAUUUCUUCCAAAGCGAGACAUGGAGUGGUUCUUCUUCUGUCCAAGGGAUCGAAAGUACCCAAAUGGCUCAAGAACAAAUCGAGCUACUAAAGCUGGCUACUGGAAAGCUACUGGUAAAGAUAGAAAAGUUGUCUGUCAAUCUGAGGUUACUGGAUAUAGAAAGACCUUAGUUUUCUAUCGUGGACGAGCUCCUUUUGGGGACAGGACUGAUUGGGUAAUGCACGAAUAUCGUCUCUGUGACGAUGUUUCUCAAGGAUCAUCAAGUUUUCAGGGAGCUUUUGCUUUGUGUCGUGUUGUUAAGAAGAACGAUCAAGGGCACAAGACAAGCGAUUCACAUGGAGAGCCGAAAACCAAGAACAUUUGUAGCAGCUCAAACAAUGGUGGGUUCACCUCAGCAGUAAUCUCCAAUGAGCACAUGAGCGCCUCAGGGGACAUUUCUCAAAUAACUCACCUGCAUAAUGAGUGUCAUCACUCAAGCCCCAUUGCUUCUCCUUACCAACUCACAGCAGUGGCUGAAUUUGAAACCCUUCCAAUGGAAAACAAUCCAUCAAGCCUAUGGGUUUCGCCUGAUCUAAUCCUUGAUUCAUCAAAGGAUUACCCACAAAUACAAGAAGCUGCAAGUGGAUACUUUCCACAGUAUGAGUAUCCAAGCUCAAUGACACCAUUUCAGCCAUAUGAACACAGAGAGUUCUCAUCAAGUUCAUCAUACUCAAAUUUUACUGGAGAAUUUAAAACUGUUGAUGAUCUCAGUCGCAUUGGAUAUAUGUCACCUUACUCAGGACAUGGAAACUACCUGGGAUUCAGUGGAAAUGAGGACAUCCCUUAUGAAGGCCAAUUUGCAGACAAGCAAGUGGAAGAUGGAAGUUUUGGGGAAUACGGAGGUCUUUGGUGUCAGGAAGACAACAUGGUGGUUGUGAUUUAAGGUUGUAGCAUAACUAUGAAAAGGGUCUCCAAGACAACGCCUUUUAUUGUUUGUUCUUGGAAGGGAAAACAACAAAAUAGAAUAAAUUGUAAAGCUCCUUCCUUGUUUAUUAAGUUGAAUUGGCUUUGGUUUGGUUCAAUGGACUCUCUGUGUUGUGUUGGGUUAAUGGAACUGGUUUUUGAUUCUGUUAGCUUCUAUCACCUGAUCAUGGCAAUCACUUUAUUUGUGAAUUUACACACUCC